UCAUGAACCUGAAAGCCAUCCAGCAGAUUGAUCUUUCUCAUAACAACAUAACAGGACAAAUUCCAGAUUUUUUCAAUAGUUUCACUGCAUUGGAGGACCUUGAUUUAUCUUUCAACAACUUUGAGGGGCCUGUUCCGACCAGUGGCUACUUCCGUAAUGGCAGUGUAGUAGAUUUGUAUGGCAACACUAAGCUAUGUGCAAGUGUCUCCAUGUUUGCAUUGCCGAUUUGCCCCACAACAUCAACAGUACUGAAGAAAAGGCACCUCAUCAACACUCGCUUAUUGCUAAUAGUAGCUCCACCAAUCGCUAUUGCCUUUUUCUCGUUCUUAUGCUGUAUGAUCACACUUCUGAAGAAAAGAACACACACAGCAUCAAUUUACAAGGGGACCAUGAAGAAGGUAUCCUAUGGUGACAUCCUCAAGGCUACCAAUUGGCUCUCUCCUGUCAACAAGAUCAGCUCAAGCCGCACUAGUUCUAUCUACAUUGGCAGAUUUGAGUUUGAGACAGAUCUCGUGGCCAUCAAAGUGUUCCAUCUUGACGAGCAUGGUUCACUAAACAACUUCCUUAUGGAAUGUGAAGUGCUCAGAAACACCCGGCAUCGCAAUCUUAUGAAACCAGUGACCUUAUGCUCAACAGUGGACUUGGAUAACAACGAGUUCAAAGCUAUAGUUUUUGAUUUCAUGGCUAAUGGAAGCUUGGACAUGUGGGUGCACCCAAAGUUAUACCAAAACAGCCCCAAGAGAGGUUUAAGCUUGGGUCAGAGGAUAAGAAUAGCUAUGGAUGUUGCUUCGGCUUUGGACUACAUGCACAACCAACUCACACCACCUCUAGUUCACUGCGAUUUGAAGCCAGCUAAUGUUCUUUUGGAUUACGAUAUGACGGCUCGAGUUGGUGAUUUUGGAUCUGCAAAGUUUCUAUCUUUGGGUCUCAGUAGUCCAGAAGGUUUUGUUGCUAUAGGAGGAACUAUGGGAUAUAUCGCACCUGAGUACGGAAUGGGGUAUAAAAUCUCAACUGGGUGUGAUGUGUACAGUUUCGGUGUGUUGCUGCUAGAAAUGCUCACCGGAAAGCGACCCACUGAUACAAUGUUCAUCGAUGGCAUGAGCCUUCACAAGCUGGUGAGCUCAGCAUAUCCAAAUGGACUUCCUGAGGUUUUAGAUCCCUACAUGUCCCAGGAGGGAGACCGUGCAUUUGCAUCAUCAACACUACAGGGCUAUCUGAUACCAUUGGUUGAAGUUGCCCUCUCAUGUUCUAUGGAACUACCCAAAGAUCGACCAGUAAUGCAUGAUAUUUGUGCCAAAAUAUUUGAGAUCGGCGAGUCAUUCCUCUAGUCCUGGUGAAAUACUUGGACCGUAUUGAACAAAUUUUGGGCAAUGUGAUCUUCUAGGGAAGUAAGAACUACAACAUGUGGCUAGCUGCGGACUAUGGUUGUGUACAUUAAUCCUGCUCGAUUUCGAUUCAGAGUUCAGGUGCGGAUAUUGCUAGUUGGCGUACGAUCAAUAUCUUCUUGUGAUGUUUCAUUCCCAGUCCUAAGAAAAUAAUGCUUGUUUGUGAUGCCAA